AUGGAUGAAAUUAAAAUAAUAUUUAGCAAUGAUUUAAAAUUAAGUACACAUUAUGAAAUUUUAAAAUCUUUUUUAAAAAAUGAAGAAGAGAAUGAUAAAAAUGAUACAAAUUAUAGUAAUAUGUUAAAUUAUGAUAGUAAAGAAAUACAAGAACCUUCAAUACAUUUUGAUAGUGUAUGUUUUAUAUAUACAAAUUUUUCUUAUAAAUCACACUUUACUUUGAUUAAUGAAAAAAAAAGUGAGAAAAUUUCAUUACACGAAGAAAGUGAUACCAGCUAUUAUGAAGAUACUAAAAUUGAUGAAAAAUAUGUUCUCUCUUUAAUUUUAAUAAUAAUUGAAGAAAAUUAUUUAGAGUAUCAGUAUGAUAAAGAAAAAAAUAUAUUUCAUAAAGUUGAGAAGUUACAAAAAGAAUAUAAAAAUGUUAGAAUUAUGUGCAUAUUUAUAGGAAUAAGAGAAAUUUUAGAUAGAACUAACAUAAAAGAAAAUUAUAAAUUUGAAAAUAUAAACAAAAAUGAAAAUAUUAUAAUUAAUAAUAAAGAUUUUGAUAGUUUCAUUGCAGCAUUAUUAGUACGCUAUCAUAUUGAUUCGGUAGAAUUAGAUAACAUAACUCAUUUAAAUAAAUAUAUUUUUAAAUGUUGCAAAUAUUUAUAUCAAUCAAAAAUUAGAAAACCUAACUCUUAUUUCAAAGUUAAACCAUUAAGUUUAAACCAAUUAACAAAUUCCAAUACAAAUGAAAACAAAAAUUAUUCUACUUGGAUUUCUCAACUAAUGCAAAUUAGUGGUAUAUCUGAAGAUAUUUCUAAAAAAAUAGCUGAAGUUUUUAAAACUCCUUUUGAUUUGAUUAGGCACUUUAAAAAAAUAAAUGAUGAAGAAUGUUUAAAAGAUAUAAUAAUAAAUUCUUCAUAUGGAGAAAGAAAAUUAGGUAAAGCCCUUUCUAAAAAAAUUUAUCGUGUUUUUUCGCCAUAUUCUAAGUCUGAUAAUUUUGUUUCGUAA